AUGAGUAACCCUUUUUAGAUUGUACCAUCUGAUACUUUUUUGAAUAUCCUGAACCAAAAUAAUUACUCCGUAGUGGAUAUGGAUGAAGAUUAUAGAGCCGAAUAGGAUUGGAUGUUUGAAAACGAUUGCAAUAUAAUGGAAGAAUAGAUAUUGCAGUAAGAGCCUCUAAUGCCAGAACGAUCAAAGGCAUUUGUUGGAGGAGAAUUAUUGCAGAAAUAUAAGAAAAAUAAAGAUGAUGAACUCUUGAAAAAAAAUAAAGAGGUUUUUCAAGCGAAUCAAUCUAAAAGCAUAUACCUAAACAAAAUUCAAUAAUUAAUAGAUAAACCCACUAUGGUUGGCAAGCCAAAGCAAACGUAAAUGUUAAUUAUUUGUAAAGUCGUUAAAAAGUGAUUGUUGAUAGUGACUCAUCAGAUGGAAAGAAUAGAUUGGCUAAGAACAGAGAAUCUGCUCGAAAUUCGAGAAAGAGGAAAAAGAUCUAUAUAGAAUUAUUGGAAAAUAAGGUGAAGGAAUUAACAGAGCAAUUGCAAUAAUUAGAAUAUGUAGUUUAAUAAAACAAAAUUAAACAUCUUUAAGUAAUUAAUUACAUAUGAUCUUAAAAUUUAGCUUGAGAACUUUAUUGAAGACUAUCACAGAUCGAUUACCUAACUAAAUGACUAAACAUCUAUUCACUUGUUGCAUGAAAACUUUGGUGCUACCUCUCAGAGAAGAUGGAUGGUAUGCACUGAACUCAUUAAUCUAUUAAUUGAGACAACAAUCCCAAUUGAAGUUAAGAAAUUGAUGGAGUCUGCAAAAAAGGGCACUGAUAUGUUCAUUCAACCGUUGCUUCAACACAAUCCAUGUUUAAAUUAUCGAGAUUAUUUUAAAUAAGGGACUAUAGAUUUAGAAAUGUAUUCAUUUAUUUAAAUUGAGAGCAACAAAAAAUUUUGGUUUGGCAUAUGAUAAAAUAAGAGAAUAAGUCUUUGCUUUGGAGAGGUUGAAAUUGGAUGUCAUUUAAAAAUUAGGAGCACAUUCUUACAUCGAGUACUUAAAUUCAUAACAAUUGUGAAUUGAAUAUAUUUAUAACAAACACAUUUAU